AUGUAUGUUGCAAGGCCUCGUUCUGAAUACAUCAAGAAUCCAGAAGCUCUUUCACUUCCCCCUGAUGGUCCAAAUUCAGGAUAUUUGGUGAUCCAGGACGAAGAAUCAGAAACUUAUUCUUGCUUUGGAUUGUGCAAGAAUCGUUCAAUCCAAGACUUCCCUUUUCCUCAGAACAAAGUGUUAACUGUUCGUUAUGAACAGAGUAACGGCCAAAGCUCAUAUGUUUCCCUGAAUGACACAAUCCUCAUUCCGGUUCUCAAUCUUCCCUUAUCUUCCAACCGGUACUAUGCAAUCCAGCCACACGGGAAACACAAAGGAGAAGCAUUCACUUGCUCAAGGGAAGAAGAUAUGGCGACCUGCUGUUUCUGCCGCUGUGUUAAAGAUAUUAAACCCAAGCCAUUUGAUCCCAAAAAUGUUUAUCAGCAGUUUGAGAUUUAUGUGCAUGAGAAUUGCUGUGCUGUCAAGGGAUACUAUUAUGCCAAAUCUAUAGCACCUGAUGGUUUUCCUCCCUACUUCCUGAGGAGAAAAGGGUGGAGAAUUUGGGCCAAAACGCCCAAAAAAUAUAAACUUGAUGAAGCUGCUCCUGGUCUUAAUGCCUCCUUACGUGCCCGUCGGCCGGACAUCAAUUUCCCGGCAUCAUACAGGACUUCUGAGGCUGUGGUGGUGGGGAAAUGGUAUAGUCCUUUCAUGUUUGUCAAGGAAAACACGCUGACAUUGAAAGAUCAAGCGGAAAGAUCACCUUUUUAUCAGGUGACUUUAGAGCAAAGGUGGGAGCAGAUUUUUUCAAGUCAAAAUCACUACCAUGAAGGCAAAUCUGUGAAUGUUGAUGUCAAUCUGGAUCGAGAAACGGUGUACGUUGCUGGAAACAAAGCCGAGUGGGACGAAAGAAAUGUGGUAGAGGGAGCAAUAUGGUUCAGGAGGUUUGGCAAAGCUGCAGGAGAGGAAGCAACUGCGGGGCUGAGUGUAGAAUUAGUCCAGAGAAUCAAAUGGGAGGCCGAAAGAGGUGGAUGGGAAGGCGGGAAAGAAAGGGAUUUUAAGGUGGAGAGGACAGAGAAAUUCGAAGGAAAGGGGGAUUGGAAUGAGUUUGGAUGCUAUGUGUUGGUCGAAAGCUUUAUCAUCAGGAGAUCGGAUGGGAGUGUGAUAAUGAAUUGGGAUUUCAGGCACACUCAACACAUUAAAAGCAUAUGGAACUAA